GCUCUUCCGGUCCGCGGCGGGCCUCGCGAGCCUACGUAACGGCGCCGGGUGGAAGGCGGUGGGGCCCCGGGGCUGGCGGUCGCGAGGCCCGGGCACCACUGGACCCCGCGCCCGCGCCCGCCGCGGCCGCCAUGUCGCUGCUGCAGUCUGCGCUCGACUUCCUGGCAGGCCCGGGCUCCCUGGGCGGUGCUGCCGGCCGCGACCAGACUGACUUCGUGGGGCAGACGGUGGAGCUGGGCGAGCUGAGGCUGCGGGUGCGGCGGGUCCUGGCCGAGGGAGGGUUUGCAUUUGUAUAUGAAGCUCAAGAUCUGGGAAGUGGCAGAGAGUAUGCAUUAAAGAGAUUGUUGUCCAAUGAAGAAGAAAAGAACAGAGCCAUCAUUCAGGAAAUUUGUUUCAUGAAAAAGCUUUCCGGCCACCCCAACAUUGUCCAGUUCUGCUCCGCAGCGUCAAUAGGGAAAGAGGAGUCGGACACGGGGCAGGCUGAGUUCUUGCUGCUCACAGAGCUCUGCAGAGGGCAGCUGGUGGAGUUCUUAAAGAAAGUGGAACCGAGAGGCCCGCUCCCGUGUGAUGCCGUCCUGAAGAUAUUCUAUCAGACAUGCCGGGCCGUGCAGCAUAUGCACAAACAGAGGCCGCCCAUCAUCCACCGGGACCUCAAGGUGGAGAACUUGUUGCUUAGUAACCAGGGGACGAUUAAGCUGUGUGACUUCGGCAGCGCCACAACCAUCUCACAUUACCCUGACUACAGCUGGAGCGCCCAGCGGCGUGCCCUGGUGGAGGAAGAGAUCACCAGGAACACAACGCCCAUGUACAGAACUCCAGAAAUCGUGGACUUAUACUCGAACUUCCCGAUUGGCGAGAAGCAGGACAUCUGGGCCCUGGGCUGCAUCCUGUACCUACUGUGCUUCCGGCAGCACCCGUUUGAAGAUGGGGCACGGCUUCGCAUCGUGAACGGGAAGUACUCCAUCCCUCCCGACGACACCCGGUACUCCGUGUUCCACGGCCUCAUCCGUGCUGCGCUGAGGGUCAACCCGGAGGAGCGGCUGUCCAUCACAGAACUGGUGAACCAGCUCCAGGAGAUCGCGGCCGCCCGGAACGUGAACCCCACGGCGCCCGUCGCUGAGCUCCUGGAGCAGAAUGGGGGCUAUGGGAACACUGUGUCGUGCCGGGGGCCCCCUCCUCCCGGGGGCUCCCCUGGUAGCAGCUACAGUGGAGGCCUGGCGGUCGCUGAGUAUGACCAGCCCUAUGGUGGGCUCCUGGACAUCCUGCGUGGGGGCACUGGGCGCCUCUUCACCAACCUCAAGGACACCUCAUCCAAGGUCAUCCAGUCUGUUGCCAGUUAUGCAAAGGGAGAUUUGGACAUAUCUUACAUCACAUCCAGAAUUGCUGUGAUGUCGUUCCCGGCAGAGGGUGUGGAAUCUGCCAUCAAAAAUAACAUAGAAGAUGUGAGGUUGUUUCUGGACUCCAAGCAUCCGGGACGUUACAUGGUCUACAACCUGUGUACCAGAACGUACCGGCCCUCCAAGUUUCACAACCGGGUCUCUGAGUGUGGCUGGGCAGCCAGGCGGGCCCCAAGCCUCCAUGGCCUGUACAGCCUUUGCAAGAAUGUGCACGCAUGGCUCCGGCAGGACCACAGGAAUGUGUGUGUCGUGCACUGCGUGGAUGGAAGAGCCGCGUCCGCCGUGGCUGUGUGUUCCUUCCUGUGCUUCUGCCGGCUCUUCAGCACCGCAGAGGCUGCCGUGUACAUGUUCAGUAUGAAGCGCUGCCCACCGGGCAUUUGGCCGUCCCACAAGAGGUACAUCGAGUACAUGUGUGACAUGGUGGCCGAGGAUCCUGUUGUGCCCCACAGCAAGCCCAUCCUGGUGAGGGCUGUCACAAUGACACCCGUGCCACUGUUCAGCAAGCAGAGGACCGGCUGCAGGCCCUUCUGCGAGGUCUACGUGGGGGACGAGCGUGUGACCACCACGUCCCAGGAGUACGACAGGAUGAGGGAUUUUAAAAUUGAGGAUGGCAAGGCUGUUAUUCCCCUGGGCAUCACAGUCCAAGGGGAUGUGCUUGUUAUAAUCUACCACGCGAGGUCCACCCUGGGAGGAAGGCUGCAGGCCAAGAUGGCGGCCAUGAAGAUGUUCCAGGUCCAGUUCCACACUGGUUUUGUGCCCCGGAACGCAGCCACCGUGAGAUUUGCUAAGUAUGACCUCGAUGCUUGUGACAUUCAGGAGAAAUACCCAGAUUUGUUCCAAGUGAACCUGGAGGUGGAAGUGGAGCCCAGAGACAGGCCCAGCCAGGAGGCCCCACCCUGGGAGGGCACAAGCAUGAGGGGGCUAAACCCCAAAAUCCUGUUUUCUAGCCGCGAGGAGCAGCAAGACGUUCUUUCUAAAUUUGGGAAGCCAGAGCUCCCACGGCAGCCCGGCUCCACCACUCAGUACGACGCCGAGGCAGGGUCUCCAGAUACAGAGCACACAGAGUCAGAUUCACCGCAGAGCGGCCCGGACACCAGCCACUCUGUGCACACACUGGAUGGGCACGAGGAGACAGACGCAGAGGCCGGCCCCGAAUGUACCCUGUCCCUGGAGAGUCCGCCGGCCCCCAUUGAGGUCAGAGGUGAGAGUGACCCCUCUGAUGAGGAAGCCGCAGUAUGCUCAGUGGAGAGCAAGGACACGGCUGAUGAGGACACACCGGGCCCAGCCAUGAGGCCACAAGAUGGAGAAUUGAUUUUUGACUCUGACUCGCCAGGCAUACCGCAGGCGCCCGCACUGCAGGAGGACAGUGUCGACCUCCUGGGGCUGCACUCCGAGGCGGGGCCUGCGCCCCCCGUGCAAGCCUAUGGAGCCCCGUCCAGUAACACCGAUCUGCUCAGCUGCCUCCUGGGGGCCCCCGAGUCUGCUCCAGAGGGCUCCCCAGGCGAUCUGCUGGGUGGAGAGACUCCUGUGCUCUUGGCAAGCCCGGCCCCUCCCCUGAGUGCACAGGACACGUCUCUGGAGGGGCCCCGUGUGGCUGCCGACCCAUUUGACCCUCUUCUGCUGCCGUCUGAUCCAGAUACCCAGCCUUACUCCAAGCCCGACCUCUUUGGCCAACUUCUUACUUCAGACUCUACAGCCACUGCAUCCGUGUCCUUCCCAUCCAUCCACAGUGCCCCGCCACCGGCCCACAACCCCGAUUUUGCACACCUGGGGGAAGAGCCUGGCAGGAUGACAGCCUCGGCCAGCCACCCAGAUCUGCUGGGAGGGUGGGGCGUCUGGGCUGAGGCCCCCACCCCAGUACCAGCCACAGAAGGCCCCUUCUUCUCUCCUGGAGGCCAGCCCACCCCUCCUGGCCCCCCGGCCAGCGGGAGCAAGCCUCAGAGCCUGGACCCGUUUGCAGACCUUGGCGACCUCGGUUCUGGCCUCCAAGGCUCGCCCGCUGGACUUACACCUGGAGGCUUUGGUCCCAAGACAGCGCCGCCUCCCAAGAGCAGUGGCUCCUGGCAAACCAGUCGGCCCCCAGUCCAGGGCACCCCACGGCCCCCCCAGGCCAAGCUAUCCCCCAGAGCCUGUGCACAGCCAAGGCCCAGCUAUGCAGCGAACUUCAGUGUGAUUGGCAGCCGAGAGGAGCGGGGCGUCCGCACCCCCAGCUUCGGUCAAAAGCCCAGAGUGUCCGAGAAUGAUUUUGAGGACCUGCUGUCCAAUCAAGGCUUCUCUUCCAAGUCAGACAAGAAGGGGCCGCGGACCAUUGCAGAGAUGAGGAGGCAGGACCAGGCAAGAGACACAGACCCGCUCAAACUGAAGCUCCUGGACUGGACCGAUGGCAAGGAGAGGAACAUCCGUGCCCUGCUGUCCACGCUGCACACUGCUCUGUGGGAUGGCAGCCGCUGGACGCCCGUGGGCAUGGCCGACUUGGUGACCCCCGGGCAGGUGAAGAGGCAGUACCGCCGGGCUGUGCUGGUGGUCCACCCGGACAAGGCAACCACACUGGUCCUGGACUGUGUGGGCAGGCGCUGUGGCCAGGCCUGGCCGGCACUGGUGGGCUCACUGCGUAUGGCUCCAGAACGUUCCAAGGAAGAGGAGGCCCUGCUUUGGCCCUGUGGGCCCUCCCACCCACCACCCUGCAGGGCGUCCUGUCCUCACCUGCUUCAGGAGCAGCUCCAUGCCAGCUCCAUGCCGUGCCCGCUGACGCUUGGGCUCGGCCCCUGCAGCUCUGGCCUGAACUGGAGUGUGGAGAGAGGCAUUCCACACCGUCCUCUGCUGAGGGGCCCUCGCCUCCAUCCGCCUGCAGGGAGAGGGGGGAGGGAGCUAAGCCUGUCUUCCAUGGUGCGCUAAAAACGGCUGGGUGGUGCUGAAAGCCACAGCCAGCAGUGCUCAGGGAAUGAGGGCUCCCAUUUGUUAUGCAUCGCCACUAUUUUUAGCUUUCGGUUCUUUUAAAAAAUAACGAGCCACCUAAAUAGGUGCAGAUACUUCACUCAGGGCCCAGGGCAGGCACUGCAGGGACUGGGGGCCACCUGCUGUGGUUGGGGCCCAGCCCUCCUCACCACCACCAUCCCCUCCCCUCUGAGUGCCUGCCUUGGGGGACAUUCCAGAGGUUUCUUCCCCAGGCUGGCCUGGCCCACGGUGACUAUUAGCCUACAGACCGCAGACCCAGUGGGGGCUGCUCCCCCAGCCACACCAGCUGCAGACCUCUGCUCUGGGCCUCGCCAUCUUGCUGCCAGUGAUGGCCCAACCAGGAAGCAGACUGCAGAGGGCCAGGGGGACACCUGGCCAGGCCCUGUGGGGCUUGGGAUGGGCUCAGUGGGGCCCUAGUGGAGGACCUCCCUGCCCGCCGCCGCCCCUGUUACCCUAGGACCCCACUGUCAGCCUCUGACCAGAGAGGAUCCCCAGUGUGACCAGUGUCUUCUGGGCCACGGAGGGACACAACCAUAGCGGGUGUCUGUCCCAUGUACCCAGGCGUCUCCCCUUCACCCAGCAGCCAGCUGGCCUCUAUGUCUGGGGUCUGACCAGGG